AUGUAUCAAGUGGAGAGCAAAGGAGGUGCCAUAGUCUGCAUGCUUCUUUCCUUAUUCUUCUUAGGGACAUGGCCCGCUGUUAUGAAUCUAUUAGAAAGGAGAGGUCGUCUUCCUCAGCAUACCUACCUUGACUACACCAUCACCAAUCUUUUGGCUGCUGUUAUUAUUGCUUUCACCUUUGGUCAAAUAGGCACUCAUGGUGAUUCAAACUUCUUGUCACAGCUUUCUCAGAUUCAUGAUAACUUGCCUUCUGUUUUGUUUGCCAUGGCUGGAGGGAUUGUCCUCAGCAUUGGAAAUUUGUCUUCUCAAUAUGUUUGGGCUUUUCUCGGUUUAUCAGUUGCUGGAGUAAUCACAUCAAGCAUAAUUGUUGUUAUAGGAACAAUCUUGAACUACUUUUUGGAUGAUAAAAUAAAUAAAGCUAAGAUUCUAUUCCCAGGAGUUGGUUGCUUUUUUAUUGCAGUUUGUCUUGGCUUUAUUGUUCAUUCAUCAAAUAUUAUUGAUAAUCAAGCCAAGCUCAAAGAUUUUGCAAGUGAAGGUAACAACAUUUUUCUACAUUAUGUAAUUGUCAUAUUUGAAAAAACAGAUAGUUCAAAAGAUUUAGAGAAUGGAAGUGAUCCUACAUACAAGAUUAAAGCAGGAACUGCAAUUUUUCUCUUAGAACUUGAAAAGAGAAGGUCCAUUAAGGCAAGUGGGAAGAGCACUUUUAUUGGGUUGGCUAUAACUUUCUUUGCAGGAAUUUCCUUCUCCAUAUUCUCACCAUUAUUCAAUUUAGCAACAAAUGAUCAAUAUCACACUUUAAGGAGAGGGGUUGCUCAUUUAAGUGUUUAUACAACCUUCUUUUAUUUCUCAGUCUCUUGUUUCAUUGUUGCCAUCAUUCUAAAUAUCAUCUUCCUUUACCAUCCAAUCUUGAACUUACCCAAGUCAUCAUUGAAAGCUUAUUUGGGAGAUUGGAAUGGUAGAGGUUUGGCCUUGUUGGCUGGUCUCCUUUGUGGAUUUGGGAAUGGACUUCAGUUUAUGGCUGGUCAAGCUGCAGGAUAUGCAGCAGCAGAUGUUGUUCAAGCACUUCCACUUGUUGGCACUUUUUGGGGGAUUGUUUUGUUUGGAGAAUAUAGAAAAUCAUCAAAGAGAACUUACACACUACUUGGGAGCAUGUUGGUUAUGUUCAUUGCAGCAAUUGUUCUACUCAUGGCAUCAUCUGGGCACCGAAAAUGAUCAGUAUGUGUGUUAAAGGGACAUGUUAAUAGAAUUUAAAUGGUUCUGCUCAACAAUAAUUGAUUGAACAUACUAAUAGUAAUUUACAAUGACAAAGAGCAUUAAUUAGUAUUAAUAGUAGAUUAAUUAUUA